AUGGUUAUCCUGCUGGUCCUCACACUGAAGGUUGUCCUCCUCUUAGCUGCUGUGUGGAGUGUGCGUACAGCAGAGUUGAUCACAGUGGAAGGAUAUGAGGGGGGCAAGGCAGAGAUCAGAUGCCCCUACAAAGAGGAGUGGAGGAGCCACCAGAAGUACCUCUGCAAAGGGGUUUGUACUGUUUUUAAUAAAGACAAAGUUAUUAAGACUGAGGCGGGGGAAAACAGUGCUUCAAAAGGGAGAUACUCGCUGAAGGACAACAGAGAGGAAAGUGUCUUCAUUGUGACCAUCACCAACCUGACGUUAAACGAUGCUGGGAGAUACUGGUGUGGAGUGGACAAAUGGGGACAAGAUAACUACAUUCAAGUCAACCUUGAAGUCUCUGAAGUAGCACCAACAAUCACCACCAAAACAGAACCUACUACAACUGCAUCAAACCCUGGUUCACCAACUCCAUCAUCCUUAGCCAUCUCACCACCAUCAUCCAUUUCAUCAACACACAAUGGAUCUGGAACAUCAGUGAUCAUCAUAGUAUCUAUGAGUCUGGUUACAUUGCUGCUUGUAGUCAGUCUGCUUAUAGUCUACAGAUGGAAAUGCAACAAGGAAACAGCUGUCUCCUCUGCACUGACGGUGAACACUGGGAUCAACAGAGAGGGUUGUGAUCGUGACUAUGAGGAAAUAAAUGACCAACCCCUACAGUCCAACAUCUACGCCAACUUACCCACAAGCCCCUCUGAAUCUCAACUAUGCCGGUGUCAACUUCCAUAA